AUGCAUUCCGCCCGGAACGCCGGUCGUGGGGGAGCAAGAGAAAGAGGGCUCCUCGCCUCGCUCCACGUUCCGGUGGCAAGCCUGUUCGACACCAACGUUGUGGGGUUGAAAUCCACGCUGGACUGCAACAACGCAAAGACAACCGUGGUCACCGCGGCGGCCAAGGGAACAGUGGUGGCGACGUUCAUGGAGGCAGUGGCCGUGCGCCUUCGUCGCUCUCACCUGUGGACACUACAAGCUACCACGUGGCCAGGUGCAUGUGCGAGCUGUGCCGCCGAGGGCGAGCCAAACGAAUUCCGGGAGCCCACGCGUGGCCAACCUAUAAGUUUGUUGGUGUGGAACCUAGGCUUGUGUCGGCCACCCUACAGGCGCAACGGUUCAGGAGACACCCGUGGGGGCGCGCUUUUUGUGUGGGGGAUAAGGCAUCAUGGCGGUUGCUGUGGUCUUCUCAGCACCUCAGAACAUGAAUCGAAUUGCUGCCGAUUCCUUAUGGAAGUCGGCUUACCAUGGAAAGCCUCAAGGUCCCACGUGUUCCGCAACCUGAAGCGGGGUCAGCGGAUCAACAGCUUCCCAAGGACGUACGAGUGUACGCGCAAGGACGCCCUGUCAAGAAACAUGAACCGCAUGAGCGAAGUGCACGGAGCCAGGCACUUCAGUUUUGCACCUCGAGGCUUCGUUCUUCCAGCCGAGCGGGAGGCCUUACGUGAAGCCAUGCUUAACACAUCAGAAGGGGAGGCUUGGAUCGUCAAACCCGCGAAUUCUGCAUGCGGACGGGGCAUCUACAUCACGAAAAACUUUGCCGAUAUGCCAGUGGGGACGGGCGCUGACGGAAACUGGAUCGCUCAACAAUACGUGGAAGAUCCGAUGCUACUGGACGGUCUUAAGUUCGACUUGAGGUUGUACGUUGCCGUUACUAGCUUUCGCCCCUUAAGGGUUUACCUGCAUGAUGAAGGCCUCUGUCGGUUGGCAACAGAGACUUACAGGCCCGAUGCACCGAGCUUUGGCAACAAGUUUAUUCAUUUGACAAACUACAGCAUCAACCGAAGGAGCAACCGCUACGAGCAUGGGAAAACGACUGACACAGGCGAUUUCAAGGCGGAACAAAAGCUCCUCUCAUCCGUUGUCCUUCCCCCCAACGUGUCCAUAUGGUCAACUCCUACGUGGAUUUCAAGCGGGGCCGACGAGCUUCACCAAAGUGAAACGUCUGUAGGAACGGCACCUUCCCAGAACCAAUCUCCAGAACGGGCGCAUCACGGCGCGGGUUGCGUGUUCUUCACCCCACCCCAUCGGCCCUCCGAUGGCGCUACCACCGACAUCACAACUGAAGAAACAAACGGCUUCCCCGGCAACGCAGCUUCUAAGGGGUCUACCGCAACCCCCACCACCAUGCCGGCAGGUGGGGGAACAAGGGGCUGCAGCCCAAACUUGUCUACAGGUGAAAGAAAAUGCGGAGACGAGAGAAGUGCGGUAUCCAUCGACGUCACGAAGCCAACGACGGUCGAAGGAAGUACGUGUACAGGAAAGAAAGAAUCCGGAGGCUCUUGGGCUGGAGGCAGGAGGGUUGGGGGGGGGAUGGGGAGUAAGUGGAGCCUCAAGGUUCUUCGACGAAGGUUGGCGGGGAUGGGAGUGGACGUGCCUGCGUUGUGGCAAGACAUCCACUCCGUGGUGAUCAAAACCCUCAUUGCGAUCGAAGCUCAGAUGUUUGGUUUUGACGUCCUGGUGGAUCGACAGCAAAGGCCGCAUCUACUGGAAGUGAACUUCGCGCCGUCUCUCAAUACCGAUAGCGAUUUAGACUUGGAGAUCAAGUCUAAGCGAUUCCCAUCUGAGAAAAAAAAAAUUCACGUCACUGCUAUUCAAGAACACCAUCGCUAG